AUGUCUGCCCCAGCUGCUAUCCCCACUCCUCCCGCUCCUAUCGCUGCUCCCAUCCCAAGCGAGGACCAAAUUGCCAGGAAGUUUGACAACUGCGUUGCCGAUCUUCUCGUAAACGCUGGUCUCGGUUUUGGUGUAGGUGUAGUAGCUUCAGUCCUGCUCUUCCGAAGACGAGGCUGGCCUGUAGCUCUUUCUACUGGUUUCGGUGCCGGUGUCGCCUACUCAAAUUGCAACUACUCCCUCAACCCUUACGUCCUCCCCGGUACCAAAGUGCUUCCUGCCAACAAGUCAUAG